AUGAAUAUUGCCAGGAGGUAUUUUAGUAAGUUCGUGGAGAAAUGUCCGAUUGAAAUAGGGUGUGAAUGUAAUAUACUUAGGGAAUUGCCAAAAGACAAACCUAUUGAUUUUGAUAAAAAUCUAAAUGGAACCAGCGUUAUUCCAUGGAAACAUUUAUUGAUCUUAUCCCAUGGUUUCAAAAGUGCCGACGAGUGGCCAUCAAAGCUUGAGUUGUUACCGAAUUCUUUGACUAACGAGAUGGAUUUAUUAAAGCGAAAGGUUGUAUCUCCGUUUCAUCCUAUAAUGAUUUCGAACGCAAUAUUGCCAAAUAUGACACCAGGGACUAAGGAGAUGGUGUAUCUAUAUCCAGACAAUAAGAUGAUAGAGUUUGAUAUCAAGGAUACGAAAGAUUUCAUGCAUACGUAUCUAGUACCUCUGGAGGAAGAGAUGGCACAGCAUGAGUCCGUGUACAAUCCAUUCAAGAAGACGGAAGCAAUAACUCGAGAGAAGAAGAAUAUAGAUUUCAAAGAACAGGAUAUUAAGAAAGAUCUAAUUCUUGUGUGUGGUCACACCCAGAGGGAUAUUAGAUGCGGUAAGAUUGCACCCAUAUUAGUUGAACAGUUCAAUAAAACACUCAAGGAAAGACGUCUCGAUGUGGAUGUUGGAAUUGUAUCACAUAUUGGAGGACAUGCAUAUGCUGGUAAUGUUAUUUACUUUCCUCUGGAUAAGACGAAGAAGUCCAUUUGGUACGGACGGGUCUUUCCGGAGAAGGUGGCCGGGAUUAUUGAUGAAACUGUGAUCGGGGGUAAAAUCAUUAAGGAGUUAUAUAGAGGAGAGGUGUGA